AUGACACAGUUGACGAGCGCAACGGUGAAAAUCAAACACGCUGGAAAAUACGUGCUCUCACAAGGUAUACGCGCGUUGCCGCAAGAGUGGAGCACGAGCACCUUGGAAGGACAGUCAUUGAACCAAGUGUCAGCUUAUCUCUUCCCUUUUGGUCUGUCGUUUCUUCUACCGACUUUUGUAUCUAUCUUGGUCCAAGAAAAGGAAGAUCGCCACCGCAUAAUGAUGGCAAUGAACGGACUCAAGGCCUCAUCGUAUUAUCUAUCUCAUUAUGUCGAGUUUAUAGCCAUGCAGCUAAUCCUAUCGCUCGUGUUCUGCCUCACUUGUGUUGCAAUUUCAUCCCAGUUUAUCCUUCGCACAAAUCCAAUCAUUGUCAUUUUUUUACUUGUUCUUUGGGCCCAUAUUCAAACCACCUUGGCUUUCCUCCUCGCCACAUUUUUCUCUCGUACACGCCGUGCGGUCCUUGUGGUUUACUUCUUUGUGGCCUUUUCUUGUAUCAUGACCAGUGUUUCGGAUCAAAUCUUCCAAGAUGGUAAACCUUUUGCUUGGUUCAUACAUCCAAGCUUUUCAUUUUUUAAUAUUCUAUCGGUUGGUAUCACCAGCUCAAGCAGGAUCAACGGACUGUAUCCAUUGAAAUGGAGGGAUUUCGCGGUAGGAACCACCCUAUUCAACUGUGUGGUGUUGAUGAUAGGUGAAAGUAUUAUUUUUGUCCUUUUAACAUUCUACAUCGACGCCGUUGCGCCAACAGAGUAUGGCGUCCAGAAACCAUGGCAUUUCCCAGUAUCAUUCUUUUUCAAAAGGCGUGAUACGCCUCAGAUCCAAAGCAUUGAAUCACAACUUGCGACUCACCAAGAGGCCUCUUACCAUGGAGCAGCAGAGGGUGACCAAGAUAUACUCGAAGGUGCAGAUGCAGAUGUCUAUGCGGAACGCGAGCGUGUUCGUUCGUACUAUGAUCCCGCGAAGGCGCCUUUGAUCAUUCAAAACUUAUUUCACCGUUAUCCUGGAAAGGUUGACCCUGCACUCAAGGGUCUUUCAUUCGGCCUUGAGCCCAAUACAGUACUUGGUCUGCUCGGCCCCAAUGGUGCAGGGAAAUCUACAUUGAUUCACCUAUUAACAGGCCUCUAUCAGCCAACUUCUGGAACUGCCUAUGUUGCGGGCGCCAGUAUCCGGACAGACAUGCCAACCAUCCACUCCAAAAUCGGUGUAUGCCCACAGCACGAUAUCCUCUGGGGCGACCUUACUGUCGCCGAUCAUUUACUGUUCUAUGCACGUUUGCAUGGUAUCCCUCCUCACCUUGAACAGCAGGCUGUCGCGUUUGCUAUAGCUUCUGUAUCAUUAACGAGCUUCCGUGACCGUCAGGUCAAGGGACUCAGUGGCGGUGAGAAGCGUCGCGUGUCGAUCGCCAUUUCUUUGCUUGGCGACAAUGCAGUCAUCUUAAUGGACGAGCCCUCCACAGGAUUGGAUCCAGCUGUCCGCCGCGUGAUCUGGGACAUUGUCAACCGGGUCAAAGCCAAUAGGACCAUUGUUCUGACGACUCACUCGAUGGAGGAAGCUGAUAUUCUCUCAGAUAGGAUUGCCAUCAUGACUUCAGGCCGCUUGAGAUGCAUAGGUACUUCAUUGCAUUUAAAGGAACUAUAUGGAUCCGGCUUCCGUUUGAAUAUUUCUUCCAAGCCUGGAAAGCUACAGGAGGCGUGUGAAAGUAUAGAGCUCAAAGUCCUGAAAAGUUUCAAAUACACAAGAGUCGACAAAUUUACGAACGCAUCUACCUAUGAGAUCGAGCUUCUGAAUCAGGAUCAGGAGUAUGUCAAUGGCCAUGGUCAGCUUUCAAAGAUCUUUUCGUAUCUGUCACGUCCGGAUCAAUUCCCAGCGAUUGAGGACUGGGGGCUAAGUCAGACGACUCUAGAGGAUGUGUUUAUCAAGAUUGUGACAGAUGGUGAUGCUGCGUUAGCCAUGCCAACCAUUGUCUCGUAG